AUGGAGGAACCUGGGAGGGAGGGGGACUCCCCCGGGCCGCCGUGGGCGCCGAGCGAGUCCUCAGCUUUCCGGGCGUUCGCUGCGGCGGUGGGGGAGCGGGCGGAGGCGUCGCCUUCAGGCCCGGGCAAUGGGGAUUCCGCCCGCUCAAGCAACCUCCGCGCCGUCAGGAAGAGGCCUUUUGUUGCAAGAUUAACCACAGACAUCAUCCAAACUUUUGAAAAAUGCAACCCUGAGUUUAAGUACUCAGAGUCACUAAACCCCAAGCGCUUUCUCACCAAUCCUGCAGUUCCUGUUCACAACGAUGGUCUUGACAAUGCAAAUUCUGAUCUCAUAUUGUAUGUCAACCUGGAACUGGUUAAUAAAAAGUCAAGCCGGAGGUAUGUUGUCCAAGAAAUGCUUGGCCAAGGUACCUUUGGACAGGUUGCGAAAUGCUGGGAUGCAGAAACUAACAAUUAUGUUGCAGUGAAGGUUAUAAAGAACCAGCCUGCCUUUUACCAGCAGGCUAUCAUGGAGGUCUCUUUAUUAAGAUUGUUAAAUGAGAAAUUUGAUCCUGAUGAUCAACACCACAUUGUCCGGAUGCUGGAUUUUUUCCUCUGCCAAAACCAUUUGUGUAUAGCCUUUGAAAUGCUCGGUAACAACCUGUAUGAGCUGUUGAAAAGGAAUAGUUUAAGAGGUUUGCAAAUGAAAUAUGUUCGAACUUUCUCAAGACAGAUAUUGGAUGCCUUGAUUAUCAUGAAAGAUGCUGGCAUUAUUCAUUGUGAUCUAAAACCAGAAAACAUCCUUAUAGCUUCAACUGUAAAAACAGCAGCUGGAGUGAAAGUAAUUGAUUUUGGAUCAGCGUGCAUGGAGGGUAAAACCAUUUAUUCAUAUAUUCAGAGCCGUUAUUACAGGUCUCCAGAAGUACUUCUUGGUUAUCCAUAUACUACUGCCAUUGAUAUGUGGUCAUUCGGCUGCAUCGUUGCUGAGCUGUAUAUAGGGCUGCCUUUAUUUCCUGGUGCAUCAGAAUAUGAUGUUCUUUGCCGUAUGAUUGAGAUUAUUGGUGGGCAACCACCAGAUGAUCUCCUACGUGAGGCUAAAAACACUGGGAAAUUUUUUAAGCAUGUUGGAAGUAUCUAUCCUAGUAGUGAGGCUCGGAAUGGCGCUAGCAGUGCAUACAGAAUUUUAAGUGAAGACGAGAUCAAAGCAAGGGACUCCAAGAAGCCGAAGGUAGGGAGAUGGUAUUUCCCUCGUGGAAGGCUUGAUAGACUGAUAUAUACAUACCCUUGGAAGAAUUUGAGUGAGGAAAACUUGCCAGAGACAGAAAAGGCUGAUUGCUUGGCAUUGGUUGAUUUCUUAAGAGGACUUGUUGAGUUUGAUCCUAAUAAGAGAUGGUCACCGCUGCAGGCCUCAUAUCAUCCAUUCAUCACUGGUGAAGCCUUCACUGGUCCUUAUGAGCCUGUCCAGGAGACCCCACGAAUUCCUGUUGGUCGUGCUGCAGUAGUUGACCACAAUCCAGGAGGAGGUCAUUUGCUGGGUGCUGGUCUUUCUCCUCAGGUUGGAAGCAUUAACAGAUGCUUACGAUUUAACAAUGCUUUGCAACCAAAUAUGCCUUUUUCAUAUGGAAGCAGUUGUGGCAGUUUUUGUAGCCAUGGUAGCUUUAAUGAUAAUGCUGGCUUCAGCUAUGGAAGUUAUGAUUUUAACAGUGUCAACAUAUAUAAUUCACCGAUGGAUCCUCCUGGGUUUAAUGUACGUUCACAACUUGGAGGAUCGUUUCUCGGAUCUAGUCCGGAUAUUCGACGAAGACCUCAUCUCUCACAUGGUGGUGGCAUUCGGUUAAGUCCUGGUGGUCCAGGGCAGAUGUCUCUUGGGGCCAGUCCAUCACAAUUUACACCGCCAAAUUCCCAGAUGCAAAUCCCAACAGGUCCUAAUGGAAAGUAUGGUGCCUCUCCUUCAAGAGGUGGACAUGGCUCUUCGCUGGGAAAGGUUGCUGCUGUAGGCCAAUACAAUAGGAGGAGGAAUCAGGGCUAUCCACCUAUGCCAGUGCCACUACAUGAACAUACAUCUCAACUGAUCCAGGGACACCAAGGAGAUGGUGUCAGUACUGCUCGCUUUGAUGCAUAUGGCCGAGGAAAUUCUACCUACCAUGCACUCCCUAAUUCUAGUCAUUAUAGCUGGAGAUCUCAAAGGGGAUUUGGCAGUGGUUUACCUUUGGACCCUUCUUCUAGUCAUGGUUCUUUUCCACCCACCAAUUACAAUGGCUUUCCUUUACACUCCGAUGCGUCAGCAGAUACAUUGCCCUCCACCUCAUCAGUACCAGAUCCAGCCGAUUGGGAUCCCAACUAUAGUGAUGAGUCACUCCUGCAAGAGGAUCGAUCAUUGUCAGCUGGGUUAAGUGGCCUUCACCUGAGAGAUGCAAGUGGCCAAACAAACAGAUCUAGCAGAUUGGCACCUAUCCAAAGUCAUGAUAUUUUAAGUUCAAACCCUUCGCCUUUGAAUCAAAGACAUGCUCAGGCGUGCGUAACAGAAGUUCCCCCUCGUUUGAAAGUUUCUGAUCAACCACCAGCAGGCAAAGGGGCCUGUAGCCUAGUGGUUGCAGUGACCUUAGUAGCACCCUGGUCUUGGGUUCGAAUCCCCAUGGGAGCGGAUUUCAGGCUGGUUAAAAAAUGUCACUGGCUGGUUCCCCUGGUCGGCAUGGAUGAACCGACCUGUGGUGGGCGGGCCCUCGUGUAA